UUCGUUCGCGAUUACUAGUUCGUCGCCAUGUCCGGCGGCGAUGAUCCAACCCAGCCGCGGCCGGCGAAAUUCCCAAAGCAAUCGAACCCCACCACCACCAUCGAAUCCCUCGGCGAGGACCUCCUCCUCACCAUCUUCCUCCGCCUCCCCUCCCUCGCGACGCUCAUCCGCGUCGCCCUCACAUGCCGUGCGUGGCGCCGCGCGGUGGCCUCCUCCCCGUCCUUCCGCCGCAGCUUCCGCGAGCUCCACCCGGCGCCCCUCCUCGUGAUCUUCGAGGAUCCCGACCGCGAUGCCCUCCCGCCCUUCGUCGCCGCCCACCGCCGCGACCGGCACGUCCUCGCGGCCAUCCGCGGCGGAGACUUCUUCCUCACUCCCCUCCUGGAGCCCAACAGUUGCGCGUGCGAUGCGCCCCUCCGCUGGCGCGUCGUCGACUUCCGCGACGGCUGCAUCGUCCUCAUGAACAGGGUCGCCGGGCUACUCGCCAUCGUCAACCCCUUGGCCCGACAGUGUCCCGCGGACUACAUUCACAUUCCCUUUGAUAUGUGCUCUAGGGACGGACCUCUGCCGCUCGGCGUGCAUUUACUUUCCUCAGACGAGGAACCCAUGCCAUUCCGAGUUGUCUGGCUUCUUUGUGAUAUAACCAGGGUGCAGUUGGUGGUCUUCUCGUCGGAAACAAGGGAUUGGAGUUUUCUCCCUUGGGUGGAAAUCACAGAGAGGGUGCCGCCGCAUGAUGCUAACAACUGGUGGCUUCGAUGGGGGAUGUAAGCCAAUGGCCUUCUGUACUGGCCUUUCAAGAACGAGGAGCACAUGCUGACUCUGGACAUGGCAACGAUGGAGUUCUCUGUUUUUGAGCUCCCUCCAUACUUGAAGGGUCAGCAGGAUUGCUUCUUUGCCGUUGGAGAGACUAAGGAUGGCGACCCUUGCUUUGUUUAUUGUAUUGGGUUCAGCAUUGGUGUGUUGAAGGACAGAGUUGGCGAUGACGGUGUUAAGAGAUGGAUUUUGGUUGGCAUGGUCAACUAUGAGGCAGAGUCAGCAAAUGGCAAUAGACUGCAAGUCGUCACUGUAGAGGGUGGCUUUGCAUACUUGAUCACAACAGAGAUGGUGCUUUCGCUAUGCAUUGAAACAAUGAAGCUGGAAAAGCUGUUUCCGCAGACUUUCUAUGCCCUUCAUUUCCAUCCUUACAUCAUGGCAUGGCCUCCAUCUUUAGUAGGAAACUACAGACACUUUGCAAUUAUACAAGAUGGCGUCGGAAAUGAGUAACUAGGUGUGGUGGUUCUAAGUGUGACCUACAUUGGUAUGAAGGUUUGAAGAAAUAGAUCUCCGAAUAUUUGGACAGAAAUUGUAUCCGAAAGUGAAAACUGCUUAGCAUACAUGUGUAGUAAAAACCUUUUAUAUUUGUAACAAACAAAGAUGAUGUUUAUAAUCAGUUUGUCAUUUGAUAUUUA